AUGCAUGUUCCCACGCUGCGGCCGGCCUUCGGCUCGUUCGUUCACAUCUGCUGCCGCCGACAGCUCACCGCCGGCUGCCGCGGCGGCGACGUUAAGGACCGCGCCAUCGACUUCUUCAGCCUGCUGAAGAACCACCUGGUGCCGCAGGCGCCGGCGGCGCCCGACGCCAGCCUGAGCCAGGCGCACCGCACCGAGGUUCGAGGGUCCUGCCUGCACGAGUACUACGCCGUGCAUGCCGGCCAACCGCUGACCGUCACCUCCACUAACUACCCUAGCCCGUACCCGCCGAGCGAGUGCCGCAAGCUGGUGCUGAUGCCGGCCGAGCCCGGCACGGCCGUCGUCAUGGUGUGCACCGACGUCGACACGUUCGGGACGGGCGUGCUGGGCGCCGUCAGCGGGGACAUGAUCGAGUUCCCUGGGCCGGCGGUCAACAGGCGGGCACACACCGUCUACGGCAUGGACGCGCUCAAGAUGGGCUUCUUCUCGGACGAGUUCGUGCAGCGCAGAGGGUUCUCGUGCCAGGUGUGGGGCGAGGCGGUGCAGGGCGGGGGAGGACCCGCGAGCGUCGGCGCAGGGUUCCCCGGCCAGCGGCGCAGGAGGUCGUUGGCAGACCUGCUGAAGGCCAGGAUCCUGACGGGCGCCAGGGACGUGGCGACGCCGACGGCGGCGACGGCGACGACGACGGUGGCGUCGCUGGUGACGCCGGCGCUGACAAAGAACGGGCAGGACGUGGCGCCAGAGACAGAGGCGGCACUGGACGGAAUCAAUGACCCGGUGGCCGAGGAUCAAGUGGCAGCCGUCUCUCAAAGCGAGCCGGACCUCGGCUUGUUCAGACCGCCUGAGCACAUCGAGUACAUCAUCACGCCACUGCGCACGCCCGUGCAGUACGACCCGGAGCGCGAGGGCAACCCGCCGAUGUUCGAGCGGCGGCCGGUGGACCGCAACACGACCGAGUCGCCGGUGGUGGAGGUGCCGUACGUGGUGACGCCGCGGGCGGUGACGCUGCGCGCCACCACCGCCGGGGGUGAGACCAUGACGCACCUGCUGCCGCUGCGGCCCGACCAGUUCCCCACGACGCCCCGCGUUCCCUCCGGCCCCCAGGCGCUCCUCGAGCGGGUGGAUGUCGGCGAAGAUGCAGAGGACGUUCUUACGCGGCUGGAAGGAGAGGAGUCGGACGAUGAGGAUGUCCCGGUUGUCCUUGAUGUUGCUAACGUGGGUGCCGUCUCGGGUGGUGAAGGUGAAGUGCGUGACAAUGCAGAGGGCGGUCAUCAUGCCGGCGGCGGUCAUGUCGAUGGGACCGUGGUCCAGGAGAACGCAACAGAAGGCGAGCCUGCAGAAGACGACUCCCAGACGGUGGAGAGAGUGGAUGUCGGCGAGGAGCAGCCAGUUGCAGAGGAGGUGGUUGUCACCGAGGGCUUCCAAAAAGAGGAGGAGUGCGGCCUGGCCGGGCCGGCCGUGCAGGCGCGCGUGUUCGGUGGCGAGGACGCCCUGCCCGGCAGCUACCCCUGGGUGGUGUACUUAAUCUCAGACUCGCCGCGCGGCCCCGAGAAGACCACCUACUGCACCGGCAGCCUGAUCUCGCGCCGCUGGGUGCUCACCGCCGCCCACUGCGUCGAUUACGCCCGCUCCACCACCGUCCACAUGGGCUACCUGGACGUCUCCAAGGAGACCAACCUCACGCUGAAGAUGGAAGCGAACCAGUACCGCGUGCAUCGGUACUGGACGCGGCUGGCGAAGGACCACGACGUGGCGCUGAUUGAGCUGCCCGAGCCGGUGCCGGUGUCAGAGCACGUGCGGCCCAUCUGCCUGCCGCGCCGCUCUGAGGUCGGACUGACGUUCGCGGAGGCACGCGGCGAGAUAUGCGGCUGGGGCAAGACCUACACCGACCAGGUGGGAGGCAGCUUUGUGCUGCAGCGGGCCGAAAUGCCCAUCAAGAGCAACUGCGACUGCAUGACGUCGUUCCCCAUUAACAUCACGCCGCUGAAGGUCUGCACGCACGGUCGCUUCCACUCGCCCUGUCAGGGCGACUCUGGCGGACCGCUGCAGGUGCGCAGGGACGGCCGCUACACCCUGGUAGGCGUCAGCAGCAUCACCAGCGCUCUGGGCUGUGACGUCGGCAUGCCGGCCGUCUACUCGCGCGUCACCGCCUACCUCGACUGGAUCGAGAACAACAGCGGCUUGGUGGUGCCGCUCUGAGAACAACAGCGGCUUGGUGGUACCGCUCUGAGAAAAACAGCGGCCCGGUGGUGCCACUCCGAGAACAACAGCGGUCUGGUGGUGCCGCUCUGAGAACAACAGCGGCCCGGUGGUGCCACUCCGAGAACAACAGCGGCAUGGUGGUGCCACUCCGAGAACAACAGCGGUCUGGUGGUGCCACUCCGAGAACAACAGCGGUCUGGUAGUGCCACUCCGAGAACAACAGCGGUCUGGUGGUGCCACUCUGAGCACCCUCUACCCGCGAGCGUGCUGCAAGCGGUGCUCAGCGCCACUGGCGACUAUCAAAGGUCGGUGGUCAGGGGUUUUGCGUGUUGUAGACACAGUUUGUAGCCCGCGGCCUGCGAGCUACGGGAUUUCUACAAACGAGACACGGUGAUUGCACAGUCGCUGUGUAAUCACGGCGGCUUGCGUUUGUGCAUUGCUCAAGUGCAUAGGCUGGGUCUGUAUUAGAGUAUUUCUACUCGAGACUGGUGAGAUUACUUACGCUGCUUCGAUGCUCGUAAUGUAUACGUUUUAUACAAAGUCGUAAAUUAUGAACGUAUGUGGUGCGUGAUAUGAAUUCGUUAGUUGAAUAGCUCGUGUUGUUUAAGGACCAUUCUUCCGCGCGACGAAUGUUUUCUCAGUUCUUGAAUAUUUGUUUUCUGCAGCUGCAGAAGAGACUUGGAGACUUGAGUGAGGAACAGCAUUUGAUUGAAAUUGAUUUCGGAUCUUGCCAUGUAGGACCAUACAAUGACAUUCAGCAUGUGUGCGGAAGUUUCAAUUGUUGUACCGUUUCCAAUGAUAUGUGGCUGGGCCUGUUACCGUAAUGACGCUGUGUAUCACUGUUGAUCUACGUUAUUUUAUUACAUG